AUGGCUCUUGUCUCCGUUGGCGAUUACCACCGCCGGGCCGCAGAAAUACUGCCCCCGAUCGCGUUGGAGUAUUUCCAAGGUGCAGCGGAUCGGGCACAAACGCGUGCACUCAACCGCACCGCUUACGAUCGAAUUCGGAUACGGCCACGCGUUCUGAUGAACGUCGUGAAUCGUCAGCUCGGUUUCAGCAUUUUGGGGCUGCCCUUCGAUAUGCCUCUCGGAAUAUCCCCCACCGCGUUGCAGCGUUUGGCUCACGGUGAAGGUGAAGUUGCGACUGCUCGUGCCGCACAAGCGAUGCGAGUUCCCUACGUGAUGAGCAUGUUCGCAAGUAGUUCCAUCGAGGGGGUGGCGCGAGCUGCUCCCGAUGGAACCAAGUGGAUUCAGUUGUAUCUGUAUAAAAACAGACAAAUUUCAGAAGCGGUUGUUAGGCGGGCAGAAAAAGCUGGCUUCCGGGCGAUAGUGCUGACAAUCGAUAGCCCCGUGUCCGGCUUAGUGCGUGGACAAAUUCGCGAAAGCCUUAAAUUUCCGGAUGGUAUACAGUUGGAAAUAUUUCGAUCACUGGUGGACGAAGGUAUUAUAGAACGUGUAGAAUUAAGUGAUGUGGUUGGAUUCGAUCCUGCUCUUACAUGGAGAGAUGUGGAAUGGUUGAAGAGUAUAACAUUACUUCCGGUUAUUGUGAAAGGAGUUUUAACGAGAGAAGAUGCUUUGAAAGCGAUUCAAAUUGGAGUCGAUGCUAUUAUGGUUUCAAAUCAUGGCGGACGACAGUUGGAUUCGGUUUCGGCUACUAUUGAUGUGCUACCAGAAAUAGUAUCAUCCGUUAGGGGACGCGUUCCAAUCAUCAUAGAUGGGGGAAUCGAAAGAGGAAUCGAUGUGUUCAAAGCUCUCGCUAUUGGUGCAAACAUGGUGUUUAUCGGAAGAGCUGCUGUUUGGGGGCUAGCCGUUGCUGGACAAAAUGGUGUUGAAGAAAUCCUUCGCCGUAUAAGUCUUGAGCUUGAUAACACCAUGGCAUUAGCUGGGUGCCCUACCAUUGCUGAUAUCACAAAGGACCGCAUACAACAUGCAACAGAGCAUUGUGAAGAGAUAUGA